AUGAAAAAUCUCUGCAUCAGUUCAACUGAAUGGGCUGAUUGUUUUUAUUAUUGAAAAUAUAAAGCAGCAAGUCAAUAUGAAGUUAUUCAAGAUGCUGAUCGUAUACAAAGAGCAUUAGCAAAACGUUGUUUAAAUGCACCAGAUAAUAUCAGAUUUGCAGAUGAAAUGGAAAAAUUUGUAGAAAACUUUGAUCUAAAAGUUAUUUUUCAUUUUAAUGAACAUAUACUUUCAAUCUUUUGUCUCCGUUGUUUAUCGAUUCUAUGUGCUGAUAAUUAUCAAUUUAUUGAUGAUCAUAGAAUAACAUUAAAAAUAAUUCUGUUUAAUCUAAGUGCAAAUGUAGUUUCGCAAAUGCAACAAUCAUCUGAAGAUUCGGUGAAUACAAUAAAUAAUGAAAUGACUGACAUGAUUCAAAAAUCAACUCAAUUAAAAUGA